UUACAAGUUGUUUGACGGACGGAAUUGUUGGUGCACUUAUAAUGCAACACUAGCUAAACAACAAAAACGACUAGAGAGUUUUAGUUGUUUUUAUUUUUCAUAUGAUUUUUCCGCCGCUUUUUUACUCAUGGAUAUUUAUCCUUUUAUAUUUGAUGAAUAAUAUCGGGAAAGUUUCUAUCUUUUAGCUGCUACAUUGCAGAAGGCUAACAAACUAGCUUUCGUUAGCCUUUACUAACCUGUAUAAUUAAGUUUCAAACGCCAUUAUUGACGGGGUUUUUUUCUAAUCAAAGCUUGAUAUCGGAUCGGCGGUGAACAGCAAUGCCUACAGUGGUUUUAAUGGACGCGUCACUGUCCAUGACACGACCAGUGUCACUGGAUGGCAUCGAAGAGUUCCAGAGGAAGAACCUGGCUGUCCACGGACUCAACAUGCUGUUUGAACACAUGGCUUCCAACUAUCGCUUGGAGUUCACCGCACUGAUGGCCUUCUCCUCCCUCUGGGAGCUGCUGGUGCCUUUCACUAGGGAUUACAAUGCGUUACAGGAGGCACUUAGUAACUUGGAAGACUAUGACAAAACAUGUCUUGAGCUGGCUCUGCAAGGAGUUAGUAGCGUUGUUCAGCAGGAGUGGGGCAAUGGCUGUCCCUGUCAGGUGGUGUUGGUUACAGACGGAUCUCUUGGGAUUGGAAAGGGUUCCCUCCGCCACUCUCUUCAAACCCUGAAACAUCGUGGUGAUGACAAAAAGUUUCCACUCCCUUACCCCUUCCCCACCAAAAUGUUCAUCCUGUGUAUAGCCAAUGCAGAGGAGUUGCAAAUGACUGACGCCAUGGAAAACCUGGAGGAGCUCCUUCGUCUCAGUGGAGGGGAUGGACAGAUCUUCACUGUAGAUGGUCCACUUUGCAUGAAGAGUGUACAAGCAAUGUUUGGGAUGCUGAUUGACCGGGCGUACUCCCCCUUCCACGCGGUUCUGCACUGCGGUAAUCUGUCUUCAGACGUUCAGGUGUUCCCCCGUCCCGAGUCAGUGGUGGUGGACGAGGAGGUGGAGCCUAUUCCGAGAGCUGUCAGCACAGAUUUGGAAAUUGUGGGCUUCAUUGAAAUUGCUGACAUCUCCAGCCCUCCUGUAAUAUCCAGACACUUGGUUCUUCCCAUUGCUGUUAACAAAGAAGUGGAUGAAGUUGGCACAGGAACCACUGAUGAACUUGAAGAGGAACCUUCAGCGAGUCAAAUGGCUGGGAAAAGCCCAAAUUUUUGUGUUCUUUUACAUGGAAGUCUAAAGGUUGAGGGGAUGGUGGCUCUGGUCCAACUAGGGCCAGAAUGGUUUGGCAUGUUAUACUCCCAAGCAGACAGCAAGAAGAAGUCAAACCUGAUGAUGUCUUUGUUUGAGCCUGGUUCUGAUCCUCUACCUUGGCUAGGCAAGAUUUCACAUCUGGGACCAGUUUCAGAGGCUGCUGAAAAUCCGUACGGAGAGGAUGACAGUAAAAGUCCGUUCCCUGUGCAGCCACAGGUCAAGCGAAGCUAUGCUCAGAAUGUCACUGUGUGGAUAAAAGCCAGCGGAUUGCAGACUGAUGUUCAGAAGAUCUUGAGGAACGCAAGGAAAUUACCUGAUAAAACUCAGACCUUCUAUAAGGAGCUAAAUCGUCUGCGGAAAGCUGCUUUGGCUUUUGGUUUUUGGGAGCUCCUGAAGGGCGUGGCCGAACUGCUGGAGAGGGAGUGCACCAUGCUGCCCGACUCGGCCCAUCCAGAUGCUGCUUUCCAGCUCUCUCAUGCCGCACACCAACUCAAACUAGCCAGUUCUGGUGACUCCCAGUAUGCAGCUUUUGAUCACAACAUUGUCCCCAUGCACACAGACUUCUCAAGCUGAGUCACAAUGUGUAAGCUGAUACUGAACCAGAGUGAACUGAAACCAUACAAACAGGGCUUGUACAAAAUGUCUGUUGGGAAACUGAAAGUGUUGCACAUAUUUUGUUUUUUACAUGUUUCUUUAUAGAAUAUAUUUCCCAAAUUGACCACUAAUUAAAUUACUCAUCUUUCUAAAAUGUUUAUUCAGUGUCAUAAGUUAUCAAAAUGACAGUUCAGGGACAUUUAGAAUAAUAAAUGGAAAGAAUAAUAAAAAUAUUUAUAGUGGAUCAUUCAAUUGAACUGAAAGGUCAAAAUGAAUUGUUUUAAAAGUCACUACUUUUUCACAGAUUUUUGAGAAAGAAAAUAAAAUAAACAAAAGCAUUUAGAAGAUACCAUUCCUUUUUCAUUUAAAAAGCAAUGAUUGUAUAUGAAGUGAAGACAGUGAGCUCAUAUUUUCAGAACGUGAUGUUGAGAAAUAAGGUAAUAGAGCAAUCAUAAACAUCAGGGAGAAAAAAACCCACAAUCAACAUGAUCUUGGUGGUUUGACAGCAGUUCAACAAUCUAGAACGUUGGUUUAUGAGAACUUAAUUACUGGUGAAUAUUACUGCAAUUUCAUUAUUGUUCAAUAUGUAGAAUGGUAAAAACUAGAGCAAGUCUUUUAAGAGAGCAAAAGGGGUGAAAGAAAAAAAUUUACUUUAAAAAAAAAAUGUUCUGAACUAAAGCAGGGUCAGCUUUGAAAAUGUGUGCAGGCAGUAGAGGCUUUGGAGGAUUACUGGUAGUGCUGAGAAUUAAUGUGUCUUCCUCUUUUUGGUUCGGAAGCGCCUUUUCCUCUGCUUGUAAAGGUGUCGAAAGUUGAUAAAAAGCCCUGUGGAGCAGAAAAAAAAAACAGUCAGAACUACAAGAAACACAUUUCAUACAGAACAGACUGCUUUUCUUCCUGUUUGUUGACUUUACCCAGAAACAUGAGAAUCAGAUAGACAUGCAAGACGUAAGAGAAGUUGAUGGACGUUCCGAUGGCUUUUGGCAGAGGAAUGCUGUAGAGCUUGGUUUGGUCAAAGAUUGGGAUGGACUGUACCACUGCAACAGCUAUAUGAGAUAAAAAUGUCAGAUACAUAUCAAUUAUGUUGAUGUAAAACAAAUAGUUUACUCACACAUGAACUAACUCACCUUCAGCUAAAACACCUAAUGGAUACAACGGUAUCCAGACACUGUAGCGCAACCAAGUGA